ACUAAGAUAAUAUUUUUAUUGUUUUUUUUUUAUAUUUAUCUUUUCUUAAAAUGGGAAAUCUUUUUAACAGGCAUCCUAAAACUUACGGCCAGGGAAGUCAUCAAUGCUGCGUUUGCUUUAAUCGUCACGGACUCAUAAGGAAAUAUGGUCUUGAGAUCUGCCGCCAAUGCUUCAGGGAACGUGCCACUAUAAUCGGAUUCCACAAGUACUGGUGAAGGGAAAUAUAGAAUAAAACACAAUCUCAAUAAUAUAAUAUAAUAUACUACACUAUA